AUGGCCUUAAAGUCUGAGGCUGAGAAAGCAUCAGAUGGGAUCGACUCUGAGCUGACUUUCCAGAAGACUUCAGACUACUCUCACCUGCCUUUCAGGGUCCAGUUUACAUUCUGCUGCCUCCAUGGAGCCUUCCUAGACCAGAUUGGAGCCCGCAAGGCCCUUCCCCCUGAGCUAAAUAUGCGAGUUCUUGGUCAUCUUCUGAGCAUUUUGCAUGUGGUGAGCCAGAUAGACAAGCUGACGUCAGAUUUUGACUUCGAGCCGGAGCCUGAUGAUUGGACGACGGCCACAGUCAGCAGCUCAUCAAGCAGCGAGAAGGGUGGCGGGAUCGGUGCUUUCGACCUGGCCCACCUGGAUUUCCUGACUUCAGACGUCCUCUCUGACAGCUGGGAAUUCUGCUCCUUCUUGGACAUCUCGACCCCCUCAGACCCAGGCGAGGGCCCUGAGCCGGCCCCACAGGCUCCCACCCCUGACUACAGGCUAAUGAAUGGAGGCGUGCUUAUCCCCAAUGGGCCCCGUGUUGAGACCCCUGAUUCCUCCAGUGAGGAGGCCUUCAGCUCUUGUCCCCCCACUGCUCCUCCCAAGAGUGGGCAGACCCAUCGGACCCCGGGCACCAGAGAGCGGGUGCGUUUCAGUGACAAGGUGCUUUAUCAUGCCCUCUGCUGUGAUGAUGAGGAAGGAGAGGGUGAAGAAGAAACAGAAGAGGAUGGGGGAGUCUCCUCCCCAACCCCUCCCCAGACAGAGCCCCACGUGGCACCCCUCAAACCCCCCCUGGCAUCCUGCAAGCCACGGCGGUCUCCCCUCACGAGCAGGAAUGGGAGUCAUGCCCCUACACUCACCCCAGGGCCAGGGCAGGCCCGCAGGGUCACACGGAACACCAGCACCCAAACGGUGUCGGACAAAAGCACCCAGACUGUCCUGCCAUAUGCAGCAACCAGGCAGAAAGUCAAAGGAAAAAACUGA